AUGGGGGAUUUUAAUUCCGCUCUUCACUUAGAUGAUAAAUCUAUUGGUGUGUCUUCUAUUUCCACGGGUAUGAAGGACUUUCAAACUUGUGUUGCAAAUAUUCAGGUGAUGGACAUCAAUCAGUCAGGUCUCCAUUUUACAUGGAACCAAAAGCCAAAAAAGGGUGUAGGUCUUCUCAAGAAAAUUGAUCGUAUCAUGGGUAAUCUUCCGUUUCUAGCUGAAUUUCCGAACUCAGUGGCUGUUUUUCACCCGUAUGGGAUGUCGGACCACUCACCGUGUGUCCUUACUAUGACUCGACCAAAUCCUACCAAGCGUAAGCCGUUUAAAUUUGCAAAUUUUUUGAUCCACAAACCGGAUUUUCUUAAAAUUGUGAAGGAUAUUUGGGAGGAGGAUGUUAGUGGAGUUCAUCAGUUCCGGGUGGUGAAGAAACUUAGAUUGUUAAAAUGCCCGUUGCGUGCUUUACUCUUUAAGCAGGGUAAUCUUCAUAAGAAAGUGGUUGAUCUUCGAGAGAGUCUUAAUGAUAUUCAAUCUAAAAUCGAUCAAGACCCUUUGAAUGCUGAUCUUAGAGCGAUAGAAACAAAGUUGAAUUCAGAUUUUCUAGUUGCCUCCCUUGAUGAAGAAAGAUUUUUAAAGCAAAAAGCUAAGAUGGAGUGGCUUAGAGCUGGAGACGCUAACACUGCUUUCUUUCACGCUACGGUCAAAAGCAGGAACCAUCGAUGCAGAAUUCAAGUGGUUCGGGACGUGAAUGGGGUUGAACAUGAGGGAGAGGCGGUUCAAGAUGCUUUCGUUAAACAUUAUGAAAAUUUUUUGGGAUGUAAAGAUAAUCUGUCUUUAUGUCCUACUCGUGAUCUCUUUACGAAGCGCCUGAAUCCGGAUGAUGCUUCUCAUAUGACCCGACCGGUCACGGUCGAGGAGGUUAAAACGGCCGUGUUUUCUAUAGGCAGCGACAAAGCCCAGGUCCAGAUGGCUUCUCUGCUGCGUUUUUUAAAGCGGCAUGGCAUAUUGUAG